AUGGCACACCCAAGGCUAGGUGGCCGUGUCGUCCUCUCGUCAACCUUUGUUGAUGGUGUGAGCACCAACCAACAGUCCAUAAUGCCGAUCCACGACGAAUUCGAAUGCCAUUUCAAAUUCGGCUUUUACAACGACUCCACUUUUGACCCUGUGGCAAUUCUCUUAACAGUUGGCCUCACCGUCCUGACCAUCAUCACUGAAGUCGUAGUGAGCUCUUCCUGGAUUCAGAAAAAAUGGACUCCUUCCAGUAACGACGUCUCACCGCCAUCGUUAAGCCACGAACUCAACCGCCUCCUAUCUUCCCGCGCAACCCGCUUCGUCGCAGCUAGUUUCCUGCUCAUACCCGUCUGUCUGAUCUUCGGAUAUCUAAUCCGUUCCCACACGCAAGAUUACGGGGGCUGCGAAACCGUUGUGGAAAUCGCGGAGCCGAAUUGGUGGCUGAUUGCUGUGUUUAAUAUCUUUCCUUUUGUGUGCGCUUGCACGGCCUGGCUGCGGGCAUUGGUUGGUUGUGUUGUUGUGAGAUGGGGACGGGACGGGAGGGGAGAUUAUACGAUGUGGCCUGGAAGCUUACCGCCAUUUGCGAUACUGUUGCCGUUCUCUUUGGUGGCGCUGGUGCUAAGGUCUGGGGCUUUGUGGAUGAUGGGGAAGCCUGAGGAGGCGGAAGUCCGAGACAUUGAACUAGGCGGGGGAGAGGCGGGGGAAGAAAGGAUGCAUUUAGUGCAGAAUGUGGAUGGGAGCGAGAGAGAAGACUACGACGAUGAAGAUGAAGAUGAAGACGAAUUGACUGUAUAUAAUCCGCGGGAUUCUGAGGAGAUGAAUGGGCAGGGAGAGUUGAAGAAGUUUGGAGAUGAACAGAUAGCGAUAUCGGUGGAGUAAUAGUAGCGAGAGAAGGAGUCAAACAAACAGGCGUUCACGCUGUAUCCCCUUGGACCAUGGCGCCUUGGAGGAGUGAUUGGAGCCACGAGCGACUCCGCAAUUCACCAGUACCAUGACGCUAUUCCCACAGAGCAAACAAUUCGUCCAGCCCAGCCUCUCGCACCAAAACAAAGCCGCG